GAUUCAGCCUCCAGCUCCUCCUCUGAUGCAUCGUUUGCAUCAGUACUUGGGAACACUUGUGCGCGCUGCUGCUGCACCUCCCCACAGCGCAUUCACGGACUCCACUUUGCCAGGUGAUGACAGACAAGCGCUCAAGACUGAAAAUGAUACGUUUUUAAUACGCCUGAAGUCGGAAUCAACGUAGAAUGGAGACGCGCCUCGGCCACUGCCUUUUUAUGAUUUUCUCUGAGUGGAUUUGGCUCUUGACCACAACUUCCAUCCUGGGCGGAACAAACGCGGAGGUAAGGUGCAUUCCCUCGUGCCAGCUACCGCUCAUCGCAGCAUUUCCCCGGGAACUCUCGGAGCUGGAUUUGUCUAAUUUUGGCGACGCACCAGCUGAAGAAUUUGUUGGAUUUAACGAGGGGUCACCCGGAGCUGGCUUGGACGAGAAGCACAACGUUGCGGAAUUAAAGGCGAGCGAAGAAAGUUCGCACAAAGUACAGCCGCGGUCACGGGAGAAUGACACAAAUUGUCUGCAGAAGGACGCCGUGAGCGGUCACCAAAAACUUUCCCACCCCGAAGUGUUUUCUCAAAGUGCUUCUGACCCGUCUUCCAGUAACAAAACCGAGAAUGGCACCGGUGAUGGAAACGAUGUGGCGCUAAACGAGGACGGGAAUGUGGCCAGUUGGAGACGAACGCGAGGUGCGAGGAGCGCAGAGACUUGGUCCGGAUUCAGACCCGAGGGCGGGGAGGACGCUUCGGCUUCGGACCAGGAGGAGUUUCAGCUCACAAGUUCGACAUUUGCACUCACCGAGGACACGGCUCACAACCAGGCGAUGGUGCACUGGUCCGGACAGAACAGCAGCGUGAUUCUCAUGCUGACAAAAUACUACGACUUCAACUCUGGCAGAGUAACUGAGAGUUCUUUAUGGAGGUCAACUGAUUAUGGGACCACGUAUGAAAAACUUAAUGAGAAAGUCGGGACAAAAACCAUUCUGAGCUACCUGUAUGUGAGUCCAAACAACAAAAGGAAGAUCAUGUUACUGACCGACCCAGAGGUGGAGAGCAGCCUGCUCAUUAGCCUUGACGAGGGGGCGUCCUAUCAGAAACACAGCUUAGCCUUUGAUAUCCUCAGCCUGCUUUUUCACCCUGAGCAGGAGGACUGGAUCUUGGCUUACAGCCAUGACCAAAAGCUUUACGUCUCCGUCGAGUUUGGAAGGAGGUGGCAGCUCGUGCACGACGGCGUCGUCCCCAACAGAUUCUACUGGUCCAGACUGGGUUUGGACAAAGAGCAAGGAAUGAUUCACCUGGAGAUCAGCGUGUCUGACGGACGGUCACAGUACAUAACUUGUAAACUUCAGAAUUGCUCUGAUGGAAACAAGGGCAAGCCUUUCCCUGGAUUUAUCAUCCCUAAUUCCCUUGUGGUUCAGGAUGAAUACGUUUUCAUCCAGGUGCCAGUAGGUGGCCAGUCUGUCCAUUAUGUGUCCUAUAAAAGAAGUGCUUUCUACCCGAUGAAGCUUCCCAAGUACACUCUACCAAAGGACUUGCAGAUAAUCAGCACUGAUGACAACCAGGUGGUGGCAGCGAUUCAGGACUGGCACCAGAAUGACUCCUACAACCUGUACAUGUCUGAGUCCAGAGGGUUGUUCUUCACCCUGAUGCUGGAGGAAGUUGUGAGCAGUGGAGGGCCAGAGGGCAACAUCAUGAUAGACCUUUAUGAGGUUGCCGGGAUUAAAGGGGUGUUCCUGUCAAAUAAAGUUGUUGAGAACCAAGUGAAAACUUAUAUCACGUACAACAAGGGGAGAGACUGGCGUCUUCUUCAGGCUCCAACAACCGAUCUCCAGGGAAACAAGGUCUAUUGUGAACAACCUUACUGCUCGCUGCAUCUACACCUCCAUGUAUCGGAGAAUCCUUACACCUCGGGAAACAUUGUCAGCAAAGAUUCAGCUCCAGGAAUUAUAAUAGCGUCAGGUGUGGUUGGACCGGAGCUCACCAAUACUAAUGUCAGCGUCUUCAUCACGUCGGAUGCUGGCAACACCUGGAGAGAGGUUUUUCAGGAAGAGUACAGUGUGUUUUUCCUGAAUCAAGGAGGAUCUCUGGUGGCCAUCCGACACACACCUCUGCCAAUUAGACACAUUUGGCUGAGUUUUGAUGAGGGCAGAAACUGGGACAAAUAUAGCUUCACCUUCUCUCCUCUCUAUGUUGAUGGGGUGCUGGGGGAGCCUGGAGAGGACACCCUCAUAAUGACAAUAUUUGGUCAUUUCAGUCAUCGAUCUGAGUGGCAGCUCGUCAAGAUCGACUUCCGGUCCAUUUUCCAACAACGGUGUACAUCUGAGGAUUAUCUCACAUGGCAGCUACACAAUGAGGGUGAAGUGUGCAUCAUGGGAAUGAAGAGAAUCUUCCAAAAUCUGAAAGCAAACGUUCGAUGUGUCAAGGCCAGAGAUCAGUAUAUUUCCCAGAUGUCAGACUCCUGCCCUUGCACAGAGGCAGAUUUUGAGUGUGACUACGGGUUUGAGAGGCAGACUGACGGGAGCUGCACUCCAGCUUUUUGGUUCGUUCCUUCAGCUACAUCCAGAGACUGCAUCACAGGAGACAGCUUCCUCAACACCACAGGAUAUCGCAGGGCUCUGUCAAACAACUGCACUGAAGGAAGCCUGUUGAAGUACAGCCCCAGGCGGCAAAAGUGUCCCAGUCAGCCUCCCAGGGGCCUCCAGCUCUUCACCAGUGAGGGAACUCUGGUGGCAACGUUGGGGAGGAAUGUCACCUUCUUGGUCUUUCUGGAGGAGGGUCUUGGCUCCACGACAAGCAUAACGGUGGACUUCGGUGAUGGAACUGCUAUAUCGUACGUUAACAUAAGCUCCAUCGAUGACGGGGUCAAGCAUAUCUACAGCAAAGUCGGCAUCUACCAAGUUUCAGCUACAGCGAGCAACAAUCUGGGCCUCGACAGGGUCACACUUUACCUCCACGUCUCCUGUCAGCUCGAGCAGGUCCAGCUUUCGGCUCCGUCAGUAGUCGUCAAGAACAAAGCAGUGAACCUCACAACAGUGCUGCGGCCCAGUACUGUCGGAACAGUCACUUAUUACUGGUGGUUUGAUAACAAAACAGAGCCUGUCGUGACCCUCGAUGGAGCAAUUUCCUUCACCUUCUCCAAAGAGGGAAGUCACACCGUCACGGUUCAAGCUUCAGUUGGCAGCACCGUCCAUCAGGACCAAAUGAGGGUGGCAGUUUAUGAUUAUUUCCGGUCACACGUCUUGGCCUUUUCUUCUAAUUUGGACGAGCUGAACCCCGGGGUGUCCGAGUGGAGAGAGGACAUUGGCAGAGUUGUGAAGAGCUGCAUGGUUCAGGUCACAGGAAUCAGUGAGGAUCAACUCUUAGUCACAGUGCUCCCAGGUUUACCAACCACAGCAGAGAUCUUCAUCGUACCCGAGAAGAGGGCCAGAGACAGAGCGACGGAUGAAAAGUGGGCGCACCUGGAUCAGCUCUCUCAGGUUCUGCUAAGUGCUCUGAACCAAGACCUCAUCCAGUUCACACUCAGACCGGGGGUGCAGGUGAACGUGUACGCCACGAGACUGUCGCCAGCUCCUCUCGUGGACAGCAGCGACAGUGGACACAGCGGCACUGCAGUCAUCAUGCUCGUGUCCGUCGUGCUGAUGGGCUUGGCCGUCUUUGUAAUAUAUAAAUUUAAAAGGAAGAUCCCGGGCAUGAACACGUACACAGCGGAGCAGCCUGAUAAAGAACAAGAGGUCAUCCCGACAGUGACCUCCAUAGCCGUCCCAAACCCUGAAGGGGACAAGCUGACCUCACUGGAGCAUGUGGACGUACAGCUGGACUCAAAAAGCAGAGGCUACCUGCCAUCUCACACAGACAUCAAGCUCUCUGAUGAAGCGCCCCAUGUGUUUUAAUGUUGAGAGUCUAUGACCGACUCGAAAGCAAUACAUCUUCUUUGGCAGUUACUUCCAGCAAGCUAUGAAACCACGGUCACAAUGAAUGGUCUCGAGUGUUUUGCUACCCAUGCAUGGAUGGACCACUUCACACUGUGCUGCCUAAUCCCUCUGAGGAGACUGUACAGAUUUAUACUUGCUUCUUGAAAAGGAACAAUUUUUGACUGAAAUACUUGUAUUUUUGCAAGGACAUUGAUCUUUUUAUGUAAAUAAUGUACAUCCAUAAUGGAAGAAGUAAAAGUUAUUUGUCUCGGCUGGUUACAGCUGCGUCUGCUCAAAUAUGAAAAUAUCGAACGGCAGUGCGGGAAUGAUGUGUAAUAAUAUGUCAAAAAUAUCCUCCUAUUUCUGUUUAUUGGACUUGUGUUUGUGAAGUUUACUUUAACUAUGUGGAAAUAGCUUAUCUGAGUAAGACAGUGAGGGAAGCAGAUUCAUUAAGCUCUGUACAAUCAGUAAAUCUUAUCACCAGAUUCUCAUCAAAUGAAAGCUUGCAAUAUCCAGGAGAUGAAGGAGGGCUCCUAGUCCCAGAUCUGUGUAUUCCAUCAAGCCUGUCUCUCUGCCGCUCAAAAUCUUAUAUAUGUCAUAACAAGAACAGAAGAUUAUAGUCGAUAGGUGUGCACAGUAGAUGAGAAUCUGGGCGAUCUCUGUUGUUUUGGGGUUUCAAAUAAGUAAUUCUAGUGACACUGAAGGACUCAGAUUGAAUACUAAUUCAGAAAUGUUAAAUCACUUAAGACAAAUUACACACAAAUGAUCUGACAAGUCGAAAUCAUUCACAUGGACUGUAAUUGCAGCAGCGAUCUUAUAUUUGACUGUCGUGUUUGUUAAACAAGGCAAUGGCUUUUAAACUCGUGCUUCAUGUUUAUUUCUUGUACAUUCUGGUUUUUAUAAGAAGAGCAAAAUGUAAAUGUUCUGAGUAAUUACUGUGUUGACGACUAAGAAGCUCCAGUGCAGCAACACACUUGUGGGG